AUGAAUACCCUGGUGACCGUCUUCGCCGGGAUUCCUUUAGAAGGACUCCACGGCUGGAAGCGCACAGCCUUCAUCUUCGAGGCCAGCGUGCUCUGCGGUGCCCUGUGGCACAUGACCUUCAGGCCCCAUGACGCGAGUCUCGUUGGAAUGUCCGCCGGCUGCUAUGCACUGAUGGCCAUGCACAUGGCAGAUGUGGUGAUGAACUGGGCGCAGCAUCGGUGGCGCUUCCCGCGCGUCCUGCUGCUGGUUGUCAUGAUCGUCUUAGACGUGGGCGCCGGCAUGAUGGCGAAGCCGGACGAUGUCACCGGGCACGCGGCCCACUUUGGAGGCUACCUCUCAGGCCUGAUCUUCGGCGUCUUCUUCGUGCGCAACAAGAAGGUCACGAGGUGCGAGCAAGUGCUCAAGGUGGUGAUGCUUCUGAUCGGUCUGGGCUGUCUAGGCUUCUGCUUCUACAGGAUCAGCAGCUGGGCGCCGCGAUCCCUAUGGGACGACGGUGUUCCCUGGUGCUGGGCGCGGCAGGCCUACUCAUACACCUACUUCGGGGACCAGGAGUGGCAUUGCCUCCGCUGCCCGGACGACGCGUGCGCUGCCAGUUUCGAAGCUGUGCUGUCAGCCAGCCUGAGUCCCGCCACUGGGUGCAUUUUUGUUAAGCCCUAA